GCAAGAAUAAAAUAAAUUAAUUCAAUGAUACCGAUGUUUGCAUGAACAAGUUGAGGAUAAGGUUCUUUUUCUUGUUGAUUACGCUGCCUCGUCCUCCGUCCACGGUAAAAGACGAGGAGAUCAGCAAUAGGAUGAAGCCAGGACGAGAUAUUUUUUCCUCAAACACUGGUCACUUGCCCAUUUGUCAUAUUGCAUGGUGAAAUGGUAGUCUCGGCUCGCGAUCUCAUGUUUCACCGCUAGAGACCGACGGCAGCGACGGGGAGAUCGGAAUAGAAAGGGAAAGGUGUAAUAAAAAUAAAAAGCACAUGCGGGCCACGAGCGGUGGUUGACCGGGGCGGGGGAGGGGAUGGCAAUUUUCGUGCGUCGGGGGAGGGCGGCGUGGUUUUUGGGAACCCAAAUGAGUCACAAGCCCAAGGAAGCCGCACAGGGGGGUACUACCUGUAUUCCAGCCUAUUAAACACCCACCUCCCUCCCAGCUUUGAGAGCGAGAAAGAGAGAGUGUGUGAGGGUUUGUUUUGUUGGGUGGCGAGAACACAGAGAGAGAAGGGAUUGAUGGUUUCUUCAGCGGCCUCCUUCUAUGGCAUCGGCACCUAUGCGGCUGGAAUUGCUGGUAACCUCUUUGCAUUUGUGUUGUUUGUCUCACCGAUACCCACGUUCAAAAGAAUUGUCAGAAACAAAUCAAUAGAGCAAUUCUCGGGGUUACCCUAUGUGUACUCCCUCUUGAACUGCUUGAUCUGCAUGUGGUAUGGUCUUCCCUGUGUGUCCUAUGGUGUAAUCUUGGUUGCUACAGUCAAUUCCAUCGGCGCUGCUUUUCAGCUGGUCUAUGUGACCCUCUUCAUUAUAUAUGCAGAUACUACAAGAAGGAUGAAAAUGUCUGGAUUGCUGAUAGCAGUUUUCUGUGUUUUUUCUCUCAUCAUAUAUGUCAGCCUUGAGUUGUUCGAUCACCAAGCACGGCAAACUCUUGUUGGAUAUCUAAGUGUUGCUUCCCUCAUUUCCAUGUUUGCGUCACCUUUAUUUAUCAUUCAUUUGGUAAUACAGACAAGGAGUGUCGAAUUCAUGCCUUUCUACCUAUCCCUUGCAACCUUUUUGAUGAGUGUAUCAUUUUUUGCAUAUGGGAUGCUGUUGCAUGACUUUUUCAUAUAUAUUCCAAAUGGGAUUGGAACAGUCUUGGGGGUCAUACAAUUGCUGGUAUAUGCAUACUAUAGCAGGAAAUCAAGAGAAGAGUCUAGGUUGCCAUUGCUAAGGUUCUCAACUAGAGCUAUCUUAAAAGCUUCAUCUUCUCUGUAUGCCCCUUUGAGGUGGCAGUCUAUCACUUCAUUCCAGUGGAUCAUGGAGCAUCAACUGUUCCAGCUGCAUCCAACAAGAAACUGUAAGUGCCAGAACCAAAUGCCUCAAGAUGUGAAGUUUGUGCCAUAUCCAUUCUCCAUGCUCCCACAUGCUACUCUUCGAUAUCUUUUCAUUAAUAUAAUUCUAAGUGCUUUUGGAGGAGAAAGGUUUGUAGCUCUAGAUGUGACAUUCGAUUGAUUAUAAACUUGCUGCACUUUAAAAAAGGUGGGCUUGUCUGCUUUUUACCUAAAUCUCAUUAGGAGAAUCCAAAGUAAUACCUUCUCCUUGUCUCCACCAACAUUAUCUGUAAUGGUCUUAACAGAUAAUGUCAUAUUUCCAUAUCAGAUCUUUAAUCCCCAUUUGUAAUGAAAACAGUCUUACUUGGAUUUAGAAUGAGGCUAUAAGCUUGAAGACACUAAUUGCUUCUCCACUUUAUGAAUUCUUCUGGUACUGUGCUUUAUGAAUCAUUCUCCACUGAUUACUUCCUUUUAUGGCUAUGUCCACUGCUUUUGCAUGUUCUUCCAAAUCAUUUCUAAAUACUCUCUGUUAUAGCUCUUUCGUUUCUCGUUCUUGAACUUUCAACACAUAAUCUGGCCUCUCUCCUUGUUGGUUCCUCCUCUGCUUGUCAGACUGUUGAUGCAGUCAUAUAAAAUGUCGUCACAUAGUCUAGCCUCUCUCCUUGUUAGUUCCUUCUCUGCUUGUCAGACUGCUGAUGCAGUCAGAUAUCCUUGGUUAAUUUGUUAACCACUUUAUUCUCAGCUGUUGCAACUUGCACAUUGAUUCCUGUACUCCCCAGUUUUAUCAUACAUCCACCUCAACUCUUUUUUUGCCUCGACCACUUGUGUGCUUAGAUCUUCUUUAUUUCCCAAUGUUCUAAACAAAUAAUGUUCAAGGGUUAUUGUUUAUCUUUAAGCUUAUUCCUGAAACCUGGAAGGCAUGUAUGAAUCAAACAGAAAACUAAAAAAGUGCUUCUCUGGUUCAACAGCCUUUUAUCCGCCUAAAAGCCAUAUUCUAUAUAUCUCUCCAUCUAUGACUUAAAGUAUGUUUAUGUAGCCUAUGCCAAGCAGCGACUACCAUAUUACAUGUUCCAUGCUGUUCUGCAUUGAUAUUCAGGAAUCGCAUAGGAGAAAUCGCAAGCAUGUCAGAAGGAUUACUUGACAGACAAAAAUAUGCACCUUAUUCAAUUUCUUUUCAUCCCUUACAUCAUUAUAUUGUUUACAAUAGACAUUUUCUUUUUAUAUG